CCGGGGCGGGGUGAGGAGGUGAUGGCGGCGAGCAGAGCGCAGGGGAUGAGGUUGGCGGGGCUCACUGCCUUCCUCCCCUUCCUCCUCCUCCUUCUUCCACUGCCGGCUGAGCCCCGCGGGCAGCCCGGGGCGGCGGAGCGGCGCUGCUUCUGCCAGGUAACUGGUCAUUUAGAUGACUGUACCUGUGACGUGGAAACCAUUGAUGCCUUCAACAACUACAAGCUUUUUCCUAGACUGAAUGAACUUCUGGAAAGUGACUAUUUCAGAUACUACAAGGUAAACCUAAAUAAACCGUGUCCUUUCUGGAAUGACAGCAGUCACUGUGGAAUAAGAGACUGUGCUGUAAAGCCCUGCCCAUCUGACGAAGUCCCUGGUGGAAUCAGAUCUGGAAGUUACAAGUAUUCAGAAGAAGCCAAUAACCUUGCCGAAGAAUGCGAAGAAGCCAAGAGACUUGGAGCUGUCGAUGGCUCUUUGAGUGAGGAAACCCAGCAGGCAGUGCUUCAGUGGGCACAGCACGAUGACUCUUCAGACAGCUUCUGCCAAGCUGAUGACAUCGAUUCUCCUGAUGCGGAGUACGUGGAUUUACUCUUGAAUCCUGAACGCUAUACUGGCUACAAAGGACCAGAUGCCUGGAAGAUUUGGAACAGUAUUUAUGAAGAAAACUGCUUCAAGCCUCAGAACGUAAAAAGACCUUUGGCAUCUGGUAGAGAUGACGGAGGGCACACGUUCUACAAGUGGCUGAAAGGUGUCUGUGUAGAGAAACGAGCUUUCUACAAACUCAUUUCUGGCCUCCAUGCAAGCAUCAACAUCCAUUUGAGCGCCAGAUACCUUUUACAAGAUACGUGGUCAGAGAAGAAAUGGGGCCCCAAUGUUACUGAGUUCCAGCAGAGAUUUGAUGAAGUCAUCACCAGUGGAGAAGGUCCCCAAAGACUCAAGAACCUGUAUUUUCUGUACCUGAUAGAGCUACGGGCUCUUUCCAAAGUGCUGCCCUUCUUCCAGCGCCCAGGCUUCCAGCUGUACACAGGGAAUGAAAGUCACGACACGGAAACGAAGAGCGUACUGCUGGAAAUUCUCCAUCUGGCCAAGUCUUUUCCGCUGCAUUUCGAUGAAAACUCACUCUUUGCAGGGAAUCAAAAAGAAGCUGCAAAACUAAAGGAGGAAUUUCGGUUACACUUUAAGAAUAUUUCCAAGAUAAUGGACUGCGUUGGCUGCUUCAAAUGUCGCUUGUGGGGGAAGUUGCAGACACAGGGCUUGGGUACAGCACUGAAGAUCCUCUUUUCUGAGAACCUGAUAGAAAAGAUACCUGGAAGCGGCCCUUCUUAUGGAUUCCAGCUGACCAGACAAGAAAUUGUCGCCUUAUUUAAUGCUUUUGGAAGGAUUUCGACAAGCGUUCGAGAACUGGAAAACUUCAGGAACAUCUUACGAAAUAUGCGGUGAAUUCAGUGGAGAAAGAGAGACUUAAAGGGUUCCUGCUUGGCUGUUCAGGGUUCUCUAAGAUGGACAAACACCAUUGCUCCAUCACACUUCCAGCCACUAUGGGAUGAACACCAUUCCCCGGACCUCCUGCUCUCAGCCAAUUGUCUGUAACCUGCUGCUGCUGAAUGUUUUGUACGAGGAAAAGAAAAACCAGCUAUUUUUUUUGGUAUGAAAGUGGGGACUAUAUGUAAAGUUUAUUUUCUAUAUUGGAAGAUCACUCUGCAUAACUUCUUUAAAUAUCGCUGUUCUAUUUUGAUGGAUUUGACCCAUUUCUUUGCCUUCAGACGCCGGACACUGAAUAAAUUCAGGGAAAAACUC